AAAGGCCAUUGCCAAAGAACCCUAUUCGGUUUGUAGACAAUGGCUUUAACUCUCAGGAAGAAACUGAUCGUAGUCAUGUUCACAAUUUUGGGGACUUGGACUUCUCAAGCCAUGUCUCGCACAUUGCAAGAAGCUUCCAUGGAGGAGAGACACGAGCAAUGGAUGUCUCAGUAUGAUCGCAAGUAUUCAGACGAUGCAGAGAAGGAAAGCCGUUUCAAGAUAUUCAAAGAAAAUGCAGAAUUUGUAGAGAAAGUCAACAAUGAUGGGAACCGCACUUACAAGUUAAGUCUCAACGCAUUUGCAGACUUAACAACUGAAGAAUUCAUUGCCACUCAUACUGGAUACAAGAUGAUCACCAAUCAGUCAAGGUCUGCAAAAAAAAGUGCAUCAUUUAGGUAUGAAAGCCUGAGUGAUAUUCCAACGACUAUGGAUUGGAGAGACCAAGGAGCUGUCACCCCCAUUAAGUACCAAGCCCAAUGUGGAUGUUGUUGGGCAUUUUCAGCGGUGGCAGCGAUAGAGGGGAUCACCAAAAUCAAAACUGGCAAAUUGAUCUCCCUGUCUGAGCAACAACUGGUGGAUUGUGCCAUCGAUGGCAAUCGUGGCUGCAAUGGCGGUUGGAUGGAUAAUGCAUUUAAAUAUAUAGUACAAAACCAAGGACUCACCACUGAAACAAAUUACCCAUACCAGGCUAUGCAGAGAACUUGUGACACUCAGAAGGCGUCUUAUUAUGAAGCUCAGAUCAGUGGUUUCGAAGAUGUUCCUCCCAACAAUGAGGAGGCAUUACUAAAGGCUGUGGCCAGCCAACCGGUCUCAGUUGCUCUUGAUGGUUCCGGACAAAACUUUCAUUUGUAUUCAAGCGGGGUCUUCAAUGGAGAAUGUGGAACAAGACUAACCCAUGCUGUUACUGCAGUUGGGUAUGGAACGGCUGAUGAUGGUACCAAGUACUGGUUAGUGAAGAAUUCAUGGAGCAAGAGGUGGGGUGAGAGUGGUUACAUGAGGAUUCAAAGAGACGUCGAUUCCCCAGAAGGUCUGUGCGGCAUUGCCAAACGAGCUUCCUAUCCAUUAAUUGCUUAGGUAGUGUAAAAACGUCGACGUACGUAUCAAUUUAUGCAUCUUAAAUGUUGUGGGCUGUGAAAAUGCCUGUAUUGCUGCUUCAAUCGUCAAAAUUUGUAUUGCUCUCUUCUUCCAUAUUAUAUGUAUUCCUAAAAAUUUAU